CCAAAGAUAAGGAGAUCUAUGUCCCUUCAUUGCGACGAUGAGGAGGACAUAAAGAAACAUCCUUUUGUUUUCUCUGUUAAUCUUCCUCCUUGCAGACCUGUGGAUGUAGACAUUAAAAACCAAAUGUGUGACUCCCUUCACCGCCUGCCAAAUGGUAGCGUUUACACUUUGGAUCAGAAGUCCAGCUGUGAUGGCUUUCUGGACCUGAACAGUCUGUGCUCCAGCAGCACGUGGGCUACAAUCCCUCUCCAAGACCGAGUGGUCACGCCAACAUUUCCUGUGCUGCCACAUCUCCGACAAGGUCUGGGUCAGCCUUGCACCACCGCCAGCGCCUUGGUACUCCAAAUGGAGCAUGAACGGGAAACCGGGAACCUCAGUCACUGCCUGAAACUGGCUCAGGAACGGGAGGAGCUGGAGAGGGAGCUUCAGAAAUAUGCAGAGCAGAAACGGGGAUCUGUGAGGGUGACCAAGAAGGUCCAACAGGACCUGGAAGCAGCUGAGAAGGGCUUUUCCUGGGAAUAUAAGAGCAGCACUCUGCCACACAGAUGCCAGCAGAGCGGCAAACAGAAUGGACACAUGUCCUCAAGUCAGUUAUCCUCAUCCUCUGUCCAAUGUGUCCCGGAUUCUCCUGCAAGUACAGCUUAUUUUCCGUCCAACAACAGCCGUCUUACUCCGUCAUCUCAGGGUUGGUGCUCCUCAAAGCAACUGAGAUCUGAAGGAGUCGAGGAAAAAACAGAUGUCCGCCAAAACUCACGAUCCAAAGUCUCACAAAAGCAAACAAACAAUUCCCGCUCCAAGGCGCAGAGACAGCAUAGCCGUAGUCAUGGACACCUGUCCACACCUUCAGUCCACCAGAACAUAUCCUCAAAAUUCUACAGUCCAGCCUUUGAAGACGCCUCAGGCUCUUUCAGAAGCAGAGAGCUCUUCAGUAGAGGAGAAGGUGAAGACACCUGUGCUGAGAUGAGCGUAGAUGAUCCAGAGAUGGAGAUGUCCUCUGUGAUGUCCACAAGGCCGAUGCUGCACCACAGAAUUGCUUCCCAUGUGCAGCAUGGGCGUCCUCUGUCUCCCAGAAGUCAGUGUGAGGACACAAGGAAAAACCUAAACUCUUCUCCAGGAUUUUGGCGAACUACAAACUCUACAUUUUUGGACUCCAAGCAGCGAAGUCGAAGCUUGGAUUCCAGGAGAAGGAAAGACACAGAGUUCCCGACUCCUGACGCUUGGAUAGAGUCACUGAGCCAAGAGAACUGUUCCUUGAUAUCUUCACAUUCAAACCCUCCGAUCUGGGAUCAAAAGAACUUUGGCACCAUAAAGAGGUCCAAGUCUCCUGCAAAAACUCCUUCAGCUUCUAGAUCACCUCCCCCUGCAGACCAACAACCCUCCAACAGAAGAACAGACGGGUCCAAACCAAGCGCUACUCCACCAGCAGAGGCAUUCAUUAUUUCAAAAGUGUCUUCCCCUCAAGAAGACGCUGUGUUCUGGGAACAUGAGAACUUUGCUCAGAGGGAAAUUCCCGCUGCUUCCCGAUCUUCUCCUCCUGAAGGAGGCACACACAGGCUAACAGAGGCCAUCUUUACAGAAGCAUCUUCCUCUUGCGCUGGCCGUUUCUUUUCAGAGAACCAGAACUUAAGUUCCCAUAACAUCCCAAAACCGCCCUUACAUUUUCAUUACACCCCUCAGUCCACCGCACGUUCACCUCCCCCCGCAGCCCGGGUUUCCUGCAGCACCACCCCAGAGAGGGCCACACCAAAUCCUGAUGGCCCUCUUUUCAACAAACAAACAACAGAGGCUUCUCUCUACCCACAAAUCAUCAAAAGGUGUCCAAACCCUUCCCCCCAGGAUGACGCAAGAGACGCCAAAGACUACGCUGCAGUAGAGCGGGAAUCUUCUCAAAGUCAUUACAACAAUCACCGGGAUCGGGAGGCACUGGAAGUGUACGACGGCGUUCCAGACUCCGGGAGCAGCUACAGCAGUUACGCCAGCAGCGGUCGAGGCAGCAUGGAGCCGGCAAACGGACGUCUGUCCGUGUCUCACCUAUCCCCGACCUUCACCAAUUCACCGGAGACAGUGGAGGAGAGUCAGGAGGACGGCGUGUACCGUCGGCCUGUGGAACCCAGCCAGAGCGGGAGAAAGGCCUCGGUGGAUGAGAACUUUGAGUGGGAUGCUGCCGAUGUUUACCCAGAGCCUGCACAGCCUGAUGAUCUGCUGUUAAAUCUGCCUGAGUUGCUGCCAUCUCCUCCUCUACCUCCUCCGCCUCCUCCGUGCUGUGACCUUCCCAGCAUGCAGUGCUCCACACAGCCUGUAAAAAACUGCUAUCUACUGUCUCUGCACUCAGGGCAUCAAAGAAGCCACUGCUCUGCUGUUGCAGAACCAGACACGGUUCUGUUCUGAUGUUCUGAUAGAACCAGGUGCGUCAGUCACUCACCUCAGUCAGCAGGCAGAAAUCAAAAAGGAAACAGGAAGACUUCAGAGGGAUAAAAAAGAGCUUUAAUUUGUUUUUGUACAUAUACACGAAUCUGCACAUACGCCUCAGCAGGGGGCGGGUUUCAAACCGACAACCCCCCAAUAACAAGCUUUAUUCUUGAAACACGAGGCUACAGGCUGUUUGAGGAGAGAGUUCCAAAAAUGUUGUUGUUUUUUUUUCCCGAUCAGACAAACGAUAGCCAGGCUGACAGAAGAAAACAUCAAACUGUCUUCACUCUCGUCCUGUGACUGGAUCACUGUUUGUUUUUCACCAUUGUGUCUGUGUAAUUUCAUGUUUGGUGCUGAAGGAGGCACUGGCAGGUACACACCAAAGAUGAAUUGAAACUCUUUUAUUUUGCUUUCAGAGAAUAGAAAUGUCACAAAUAUCAAAAUGCCCGGUGUUUUAUUUUUGUUUUAUUGUUAUCAUUUUUCUCUGUGGUUGAUGUCUGAAGAUUUUAACAUUUGAACAUUUGAUUGUUUGUUUGUUCUGUUUCGUCUAACGGCUGUGGGAGCAGGAUUUUAGAUUGAAAGUUGAAGUUUGUGUAUUUCAGUGUAGACAAAACUGGUAGAGAAUUAGAAAACAGUAAGGAAAAAUUAAUUAAAAUGUACUAAAUGUUCAUUCAAAAAUGUCCAAAAUCAACAAAACACAGCAGAAAAGAUGAAAUGUAACAGAAGCUCUGACAAAGAAAGACAGACUGACAUUGAUUUCUCCAAAAAAUGAACCAAUCUGAGUUCCAAUGAGUUUGACCGUCAAUGAAGGACUGUUGAAAAGUGCAGAAACAACAGCAAACAUGCCGGCAGUACUAGCUACAGUAUUUACCUCUCGUUCCAAAUCCACUGAAACCUUUUCCAUGGGAAAGAAAAACAGAAUCAGAAUGUUCCAGUUUGUUGUUGACUCUAAAUCCCUAGAGCUGUGGGAAGAGCAGCGCUGAUCGUUUAUGUUCCAGCUACAAAUGUAGAAAUGAGAAAAUGAAAAUCUUGUACAGAAGGGAAACAUUGAUUUUAGUAGAUGUAGUCUGCUGUAGCUCUGAAUGAAUAUCAAUACAGGACCAAUAUCCCACAAUGCUGCUGCUGCUGCUGCUGCUGCUGCUGCUGAUCUCAGUUCAGUUCAGUUCAUUAUGUGUUUGACUAAUGUGAGCACCUGCAGCUGAAGUUCAUCCACAAAUCCACUGAGAACAGAGGUGUAAAUCAGGACUCACCACCAGGGCGCCCACUCCACUUCACUGCGUUCUUCACCUGGUAUUUGACUUUCUCUCAUAUUUCUCACUAAUUAUCUGCUUCUUUUUCAUCAGUCUAUUUUUACAAACUUCGAGUACAACUACAGAUAUAUUCAACAUUUGAAAACUUUUGGCUCUGAUCCAUGUCUUCUGGUCUAUUGUGGGCUGGGUACACUGCUUGUCUGUACCAGGACUGUUGUAGCUAACGUUAGCUCUGGGGUCUGUACCAUACCUGUUGUAGCUAACAUUAGCUUUG